CUUGUUGAACCACAAGUGUCCCUUACGGAGUCACAAACACACUUCGUAAACUUGACUUUUUAUUUCGCGAUAAAACGGUAUAUUUCUUCGCAAAUUCUUUAAAUAACGUCCCUGAAAUGCCGAUGUUAUAAUUGCUGAACAAAAUACUGGAAAAACCGCRAUAGAAACAGAAGGUUUCGCUGUUUAAAGACGUUUUACAAUGAGGCAGUUCACACAAGAGCAAGAGCAAGACGAUUUGGUUAAAAGUACAGUGAAGAAUCCACCAUGGGGCACUGAACCUGUAACUCCCAGCACUGCAUCAGGCAUCAGGAAAAAAGCUUUCCCAUGGACUACUUAUACAAGAGACUACGUCGGAGCACCGGGAUCUGUUGCUGCUCCUCAGAGGAUGAAAACUGCCGAACAUCUGCCAACUGGAUGGCCAUUUGAGCGUUCACACUACGCAGGAACAUUUAGAACACCACAAGCUCAAUACAGUCGACACAGUGUUCCCACACCAGUGUCUGUACAUCGACGAAAUAACCCACAUCCUAGACUUAGUGAYCCUUGGCAAUAUCCUAAUAAGACAUAUCUUGUAUGGAAGAAUAAUCUUGCAGCCGAGGAACCACCUCGUCAAGUCCAGUCAGCACCGAUUAAUAUUCUCCAAGCAAAUAAACAUCGAUGGUUUAGUACAACUUAUAAAUCGACAUUCGAUGGAAAACCACUUGACCUUCAAAGUAAAAAACCGAUUAACCCUUGGAAACCUGAAAGAUUUCGACCAAAUUCAAAAGCUCAGACUCCAGCUCUACAUUGGCAAACCACCACUACACAUGACUUUAAGGGAGGAUAUGGCAGACCAUCAACAACUGAAAGGCCCUAUGAUAUGUCUUGGAGUAACUUGAGCAUGUAAAGACAUUAAAGAAACAUCCAAGAACCAAAUCAACAAAGAAAGUCAGUUUGGGGACAGGACAACACAUUGGUUUAGACGGUUUUAUUAAAGAGCGCGACAAGGUUUACUGGAAGACACUUAAAAAGAUAUACAAUACCAGUCAUAUUGACGAGUAUARCUCAACUAGAGCUCGGUUUAAACCUUUAAUUUCACAUAUGCAGGCGUUUAAUUGUUAACUUGAGCUCUAUUUUUAUUAGUACACACUAGUUAGAGAUUAAAACUACUUAUUCUACUUAGACGUCGUACUUCAUAUGUGUGCAGGUCCUGCCUGGCCUAAGUCGUGUUAGAAUGUGUAAAGUUUAGAGUAACAUUUUUGUACUAUUUAAAUUUUUAUAAUAGUAACUGUUUUGUAAAAUAUAAUUACUUUUAUAGAUGCCAAAUAAAGUUUCACAAAAAUAGAAACACCA